GAGAUGCAGACUCCCCGCCGCCUGGGACCCCUGUGGCGAGGCCGCCGCGUCUUUGCUGAACACGCUUCUUGAGCUUUUGGUCCGCUGACCAGCAGUCGGACGCGCACAUAUUGCGCGCCCGCUUAGUGCCUCCGGAGUGCUCCGAGCGCCGCAGGUGCCCCUCCGUGCCUUCUCCGACCGCCGUGCUGCGCGGACACCAGCCUUUAAGCCAGCAUGGAUGAAGCUUUGCCAGGCUGCGCACCUGAAAAUGGAGACAGCCUUGUCAAAGUGAAGGAGGAGGACCCCACCUGGGAGCAUAUGUGGGGCUUAUGGGAGAGCAGCCGCCAGGCUCAGGAGCUUUGCCGCCUGCGAUUCCGGCAGUUCUGCUACCAGGAGGUAACUGGGCCCCGAGAGGCUCUGGCCCAACUCCAGGAGCUCUGCCGUCAGUGGCUGCAGCCAGAGACGCACAGCAAGGAGCAGAUCGUGGAGCUGCUGGUGCUGGAGCAGUUCCUGACCAUCCUGCCCGAGGAGCUGCAGGCCCGGGUGCGGGAGAAGCCCCCGGAGAGCGGGGAGCAGGCGGUGGCUGUGCUGGAGGAUCUACAGAAAGACACAGGAGACCCAGGACAGCAGGCUUCUGUCUAUACUCAGGGACAGGACAUGUACCCACUGGUGAGAGAAUAUCAAGGAGCCUCUUUGGAGUGUCAGAGCCUCCAGCUCCUUCCCAGGGUAACCACCUUGAAGUGUGAACCUCCAGAGCUCUGCCAAGGGAACCCCCAAGAAGUGAGUGCUGAAGAAGUUGUAACUAAAGAUGGAUUAUUUAAUGCAAAGAAAGAAACUUCUCAAGAAGUGGAGCACGGUGCUGAGGCCCCAGGAAUACCCGACAGAGAUUGUGUGCCCCAGCCACCUUGUACUUCUGUCCGUACGGAAAGGACAGCUGCACAUUUGAACACUCUGAAGGACCGUCACCCAGGUGACUUGUGGGCCCGAAUGCACAUCUCAUCCUUGGAAUAUGCUGCUGGAGACAUGACCCGAAAAGGGAGAAAAAAGGACAAAGCUCGAGUGAGUGAACUGCUACAAGGCCUUGCAUUUUCUGGUGACUCAGAUGUGGAAGAAGAUAACAAGCUUGAGGCCCACCAUGCUCAAAAAAAGCUAAAGAUGUCAAAUGUGCCAGAGAAGAAUUGGACCAAAAGAGACAUUAAACCCAACUUCCCAAGCUGGUCGGCACUGGAUUCUGGACUUUUGAAUCUCAAGAGUGAGAAGCUGAACCCAGUAGAGCUCUUUGAGUUAUUUUUUGAUGAUGAAAUAUUCAACAUGAUUGUCAAUGAAACCAAUAAUUACGCAUCUCAGAAAAAUGUCAAUUUGGAAGUCACAAUUCAGGAAAUAAGGUGUGUGUUUGGUAUCUUGCUUUUGAGUGGAUUUGUGAGGCGUCCCAGAAGGGGAAUGUAUUGGGAAAUCUCUGAUGCUGAUCAGAACCUGGUUAGAGAUGCAAUUAGAAGGGACAGAUUUGAAUUGAUUUUCUCAUACUUACAUUUUGCAGAUAAUAGCCACCUAGAUCAAAAAGAUAAGUUUACAAAAUUGAGGCCUCUCAUAAAGCAAAUGAAUAGAAAUUUCCUCCUGUAUGCUCCCCUGGAAGAAUACUAUUAUUUUGAUAAGACAAUGUGUGAAUGCUUUGACAGUGACCAAUUCUUGAAUGGGAAACCUAUUAGAAUUGGCUAUAAAAUUUGGUGUGGCACAACCACACAGGGUUAUCUGGUGUGGUUUGAGCCCUAUCAAGAAGAAUCAACAGUGAUGGUGGAUAAGGAUCUAGAUCUUGGUUUAGGUGGAAAUCUAGUGAUGCAUUUUGCUGAUGUUCUUUUAGAGAGAGGCCAAUAUCCCUAUCACCUGUGUUUUGAUAGCUUCUUUACAAGUGUAAAAUUGGUGUCAGCCUUGAAGAAAAAAGGAGUGAGGGCAACAGGAACAAUUCGUGAGAACAGGACUGAUAAAUGUCCCCUCAUGAAUGCAGAACAUAUGAGAAAAAUGAAGAAGGGCUAUUUUGAUUUCCGAGUCGAAGAAAAUGAGGAGAUAAUUUUGUGUCGUUGGCAUGGUGAUGACAUUAUCAGUCUAUGCUCCAAUGCUGUGGGCAUAGAACCAGCCAGUGAGCUAAGUUGUUCUGCCGAUGAGGAGGACAUCCAUCAGAUAGCUCAACCAUCUAUAGUGAAAUUGUAUGAUGAGUGCAGGGAAGGUGUAGCUAAAAUGGAUCAAAUCAUUUCCAAAUACAGGGUGAGAAUAAGAAGCAAGAAAUGGUAUUCCAUUUUGGUAAGCUACAUAAUUGAUGUAGCUAUGAACAAUGCAUGGCAGCUACACAGAGCCUGUAACCCAGGAACCUCUCUAGACCUGUUGGAUUUUCGGAGAUAUGUUGCACAUUUCUACUUGGAGCACAAUGCUAAUCUGUCAGAUUAAGGCAGAUAAAAUGAACACAAUGCCAAUAUUAACAAGACAAAAAAAUUACAGGUACAAAUCAGAUCGUACCCUUCCAAAGCAAACCUGAUGUAUGUAAUGGAAUUUUAAGUAAUAUUUUUACUAUGUAGAAUUUCAAAGACUAUUAUAACAAGUAAUUUUUAAAAUUAUCUGUAAAAAUGUUGAACUUGAGUGCCACCUUUUUCUAUGACUAAUUUUUGGUGUGAGACGUGAGAAAUCAUUUGUUAAAUUGAUUAAUUUGUGCCCCGAA